AACGAACCAACGAGACGUGCAUGUCCACUAAUCAUCAUAAACAUAUCUGAAAAUCAUGAAGUAUGACGUAUGAGUCUCAUACAUAGCGCGAAAAUCAUACAUAAACUUGUAUACGAGCAAUUGCAGACGAUUCAUGAGUGAAUAACAGUUGUACUCUUCUGCAUUUUUAUUGUAUCAGCAUCUCUUAAAUCAUGAUCUUACGCGGUUGCACAUGAAAAAAGAGAGUAAAGGAAAGAUCAAAAGUACAAAAACUAUAUGGAAGUAAAAAAAAAAAGUGCAUCAAGAAAUAUAAAGACAUAAACUUUUGGAGAAUAUUUAACUAAUCAUCCAAAGAACUCUUUGUUCUUUAUUCUUGAGUCUUGAAGGAGCUAGAGAGAACAGAUUGUACUGAGGCGGAGCCAGAUAGGGACGAGGGGGUUCACAUAAUCAAUCAAUCUCCUUUGGCGGAAAAUUAUACUGUUUACAUACAUGGUUAAACUAUUUUUCUUUUUAUGUAAAUAUAGUAUAAUGUUGAACCCUGUUUGGCUUCUUCGAGUGUUAUACUUCUUCAUAUUUUAAAACCCCUUCGUAAAAACCGUGGCUCGAUAAUUGAUUGUACUUGCAAUAUACUAGGAAGCUUGAACUAGAAAAAAAAUGCAUUUUCCAAUUCCUUCAACAGACAGACAGUCUUCUUCUCUCCUUUAAGCUUUUUCUUUUCUCUUUUCCUAUAUCCCCCUUUCACUUUUUCACCAAAGUUCUUAUGGAGCUAUCCAAUAUUUUCAUAAUAUUAAUAUUGUUGCACCGCGUAACUUGCCUUAUUUGCACAAUAUAAUUUUUCAACGAAGGGGGAAAGGGGGCUGCUCUUGUAGACGAUUGUCAAAUAAGUAACGACCAACACAAUUGGUGUAACUACUGCCUCAAUGAGUCCAAUAUGAGCGCAGUGACUUGUUUGCUUACAUUGUCAGUAUAUCAAAGUUAUAUAAAACCACAAAAUAUUCAUGAAGGUUUCAGUGAGCAAUAUUAACUUCUAUCUAGAUAUAUGUUCAUUAACAGCUUAAACUAAAAAUAGCUGACGGAUGUAUGGUAUAAAUAGCCACGCAUGUGUAUAACGGUGUAUAACAUACGUAUACUGGCUAGAAAAAGUAAAAGUGAACGCGGUCGGAUCCCUAUAAUCAUAUCUUAUAAUUACUUUUCCAUAAAAGAUAGGCAGUCUAGUUUCCUUUUAUCACUUAUAAAAGCCAAAAAGAUAGGAGAGACAAUUCAGCUUUGUUUCACAUGCUUUCACACUUUCUCAUACAAAACCAACAACCACAAGAAAAGCACAAAGCCUUAAAAAAAACUCCUAUUAAUUCCCUUCACUUCUAUCACUUACCACAAAACACACAACAAAAAAUCACUACAUCUCUUAUACUUUAUCGAUCUUUGAUCUUUCGGAAAAAAAGAGUGAAAAUGAGGACUAAUGUUAGUUUUCAACAGGCACUAACUGUUGAAUCUUCAAGUAUAGUGAAACAAGCAUUGAACUUAGCUAAAAGAAGAGGACAUUCACAUGUAACUCCUCUUCAUGUAGCAAGUGCAUUGUUAGUUUCCUCUUCGUCUACGCUUUUAAGAAAAGCUUGUUUUCAAACAAAUUCUCAUCCAAUUCAGUACAAAGCUCUUGAACUUUGCUUCAAUGUAGCACUCAAUAGGCUUCCUACCUCUGCAUCUAGUCCGAUUCUCGAGCCUCAUGUUCACCCUCCUUUACUUUCUAAUGCCUUAAAUGCUGCAUUUAAGAGGGCACAAGCCUAUCAACGUCGUGGUUCAGUAGAGAAUCAGCAACAACAACAGCACCUCAAAGUAGAAAUUGACCAGCUUGUUAUUUCAAUUCUUGAUGAUCCUAGUGUUAGCAGAGUUAUGAGUGAAGCUGGUUUUUCUAGCAUCCAACUGAAAACCAAUGUAGAACACGCUAUCUCCUCCGAUAAUAGCACAAAACCGAUUGUCAUAGCAUCAGGAAAUAACCUUCUAUGCAAAUCAGGUGAUGAUUCAAGUGUUAGCCGAGUCAUGAGGGAAACCGGUUUUUCUAACAUACAACUAAAAACCAAUGUAGAACACGUUGUUUCUUCGGAGGUUUCUUGGAAAGAUAGUUCAAAAUCGAUGGUUAUACCACCAGGCGAUAACCUUAAACUGUCACUAGGUAAGUCAAGUGAUGAUCAAAUCAAGAAUGAUGAUGUGAUGAGUGUUAUAGACACAAUGAUGAACAAGAAAAGGAGAAACACAGUUAUUGUGGCAGAGUGUUUAGCCAAUGCUGAAGGGGUUGUUAGAGGAGUUGUCGAUAAGUUCGAUAAAGGAGAAGUAUCAUCACACAUGAAACAUGUUCAGUUCAUAAGUGUUCCACUUUCUACACUGAGAAAUGUCUCGAAAGAAGAGUUCGAGUCCAAGAUUAGAGAGCUAAGAAUUUUGCUAAAAAGGUAUAUACACAGAGGAGUUGUUUUAUACUUAGGUGAUCUUGAAUGGAUAUCUGAGUUUUGGACUAAAGUACAGAAUGAGCAGAAAAACAACUACAUGAUAUUGGAGCUUACUCGAUUGUUAUGUGGCGAAAUGAGUGAAAACAGAAGGCUAUGGCUUAUGGGAAUUGCUAGUUUUUCGACUUACACGAAAUGUAAAACUGGAUAUCCUUCUCUACAGACUCUUUGGGAUCUUCAUCCUCUUACACUUCCAGUUGUCAGCUUGGAUCUCAGCCUUAACCUUGAGAGUUCUGUACACAAACAUGAUCAUAACUUUAUAGAGAAAGGCUUUUUAAGUCCAUCUUCAUCAUCUCCUUGUUCCUCUACUUCGAUAUCGAAGAAAGAACAUCAAUUCUUGAAUACAAAGCCUGAACUUCUAUCGAAUCCCAAUUCGAUUCCUAAUUCAGCUUCAUCAAGUGAAACAAGUGGACAUAUUGACAACUGCUCUGACUCUCCAGAACUGUUGUUGCACUCGUGUCAGAUCCUUCAGAAAUGCACAUUCUCGUCAACAUUUUUGAACAGUUCGAGCAACGUGAAGAUUGUUUGCAAGGCAUUGGAGGAAAAAGUUCCAUGGCAAAAAGAUAUCAUUCAUGAUAUAGUAAGCACUAUUCUUGAAUGUAGACACAAAAAGGAAGAAACUUGGCUUUUGUUCUUAGGUGUUGAUACUCAUGGCAAAGAGAAAAUAUCAAAGGAGUUAGCUAAAGUAAUCUUUGGCUCUCAAGAUUGUUACAUUUCCAUUGGAUUAAGUACAUUUUUAUCAUCAACAAGAAUAGAUUCAACUGAUCAAGAAGUCAAUAACAAAAGAUCUCGCGACGAGCAAGGUCGGAGUUAUCUCGAGAGAUUUACAAAUGCAAUUCAAGAAAAUCCAAGGAGAGUGUUCUUCAUGGAAGAUAUGGAUCAAGUUGAUUCUUUUUCACAAAAGGGUAUUCAAAAAGCUAUUGAAAGUGGAAAAUUAACACUUCCUAAUGGUGAUUUAGUGUUAAUUAAAGAUUCUAUAAUCAUUUUUAGCUGUGAAGAAUACUUUAGUUCAUUUUCAAGAAAAUGUUUUUCCGAAGAAAAUAAUGGUUCAUUGGAUUUGAAUUUUGUAUAUGAUUUUGGGAUUUUUGAGGCAGUGGAUAAACAAAUCAUGUUUAAUAUUUAAUUAUUAAUCUAAGAAGGAAAUGAGAAUUUUUUUUACUUUCUUUA